AUGGGAGCCUGGUCACCUGCCUCUCACCGCCUCUAUCCCAAACGCUUCAAGGAAGUGGUACGGCUGCUGUUGCUGGGGCACUACUCUACUGAGCAGUGGGAUUACACUGCGACCGACAGCCACAGCAGCCAGGCACAGUCUGACAGCAGGUACCUGUGGUUGCUUCCCCUCGAAGUGUUGCUUCAGAUCGUUGGACAUGCAUCUACACCACUUUCUGUGUGGAUUAGUGAUGCAUAG